AAUUCAUAAAUCUUUUAAUUUCUUUAUGAUAACAAAUUUAUCAUUCAUUUCUAUAAUGGUUUUAAGCAAGUGCAAAAAUUUGAUCUCAGUUUUGAAUUUCAUCACAUCAUUACUAUGUUGUUCUCUUUUUGUUCAUGUUGUUGCCACACAACAAAUCAUCAAAGACUCCGAAACUUUAAGCUCAAAUAGUGGAAAUUUCACCUUAGGAUUUUUCACCCCUCAAAAUUCCACAAAUCGCUAUGUAGGAAUUUGGUGCAAAACUCAACUCUUUGUUGUAUGGGUUGCCAACAGAAACCAACCAUUGAUCAAUGAUUCUUCUGGAGUUCUUGAAAUAUCCAAUGAUAACAAUAUUGUUCUUUUGAAUGGAAAGAAAAAUGUUGUUUGGUCAACAAAUUUGAACAAUGUUUCAACAAGCAAUUCUAGUGUCACACUUUCAGAUUAUGGAAACCUUAUCUUGUUUGAAACAACAACAGAAAAAACCAUAUGGCAGAGUUCCGAUCAUCCUACAAAUUCAAUAUUACCAAGCCUGACAUUUACAAGCAACAUGACACUCACAUCGUGGAAAACAUCUAAUGAUCCGUCCAACGGAAGCUUCACUUUAGGCAUCGAACGGUUGAAUAUGCCAGAAGUUUUUAUUAGGAAAGAAAAUCGGCCAUAUUGGCGGAGUGGUCCUUGGAACAAUCAAAUAUUUAUAGGGAUAGAAGACAUGUCAGCUCUUUAUCUUAAUGGUUUUCAUUUCCAGAAAGAUAGAACGGGAGGAACUCUUGAUUUAGUCUUCAGAGCAGACGACUAUGGACUUGUGAUGUAUGUUGUUAAUUCGACAGGUCAAAUGAAUGAAAAAUCUUGGAGUAUUGAGAACGAGGAAUGGAUGGAUACAUGGACUAAUCAAAGAUCGGAUUGUGAUCUUUAUGGUUUUUGUGGUUCAUUUGGAAUUUGUAAUUCAAAAGGGUCGCCAAUUUGUAGGUGUUUGGAAGGGUUUGAACCAAGAAACAAUCAAGAGUGGAAUAGACAAAAUUGGACUAAUGGAUGUGUUAGGAAGACGCCGUUGCAGUGUGAAAGUGCCAACAAUCAAAAUAAGAGCGCAAAUGGUAAUGACGCAGAUAGUUUUAUGAAAUUGACUCUGGUAAAAGUACCUGAUUUUGCAGAAUUGUUAUCUGUUGAACAAGAUGAAUGCGAAAACCAGUGUUUGAUGAAUUGCUCUUGCACUGCAUAUUCAUAUGUAGCUGAUAUUGGUUGUAUGUCUUGGAAUAGAAAUCUAAUCGAUAUUCAACAAUUCGAAACUGGAGGAACUGAUCUAUACAUUCGUGUACCAUCAUCAGAUAAAGGGAACAAAGGAACAGUUAUCAUUACAGUUUCAGUACUAGUCGGAAUUAUUAUAAUCGCCACUGGGGCAUAUUUCAUAUGGAUAAAGGUUUCAAAGCCAGUGAGAAAUAAGAAGAAGCAUAGAAUUUUUCAAUUCAACAAAAUUGAAAAAGAUGAAGAAUACAAAACUGACAAUGUAAUUGGAGAACUGUCACAAGCAAAGCUACAAGAGCUAUUACUAUAUAGUUUUGAAAAGCUUGCAAUUGCCACAAACAACUUCCAUUUAUCCAACAAACUUGGACAAGGAGGUUUUGGUCCUGUAUACAAGGGAAUACUUCAAGAUGGUAAGGAAAUAGCGGUUAAGAGACUUUCGAGAUCAUCCGGACAAGGGUUAGAAGAAUUCAUGAAUGAAGUCGUAGUGAUUUCUAAGCUUCAGCACCGCAAUCUUGUAAGACUUGUAGGCUGCUGCAUUGAAGGAAACGAAAAGAUGUUGAUGUACGAGUUCAUGCCAAAUAGCAGUCUGGAUGCAUAUGUUUUUGAUCCAUCAAGAAAUAAACUUCUGGAUUGGGAGAAACGGUUUAGUAUAAUAGAAGGAAUAGCUCGUGGAUUGCUUUAUCUGCAUAGAGAUUCCAGGCUAAAAAUCAUACAUAGAGAUAUGAAAGCAAGUAAUAUCUUGCUAGACGAGAACCUGAAUCCAAAAAUAUCUGACUUUGGUAUGGCCAGAAUCUUUGGAGUGAGUGAAGAUCAUGCCAAUACUCAAAGGGUUGUCGGAACAUAUGGUUAUAUGGCUCCAGAGUAUGCAAUGCAAGGAGUAUUUUCGGAUAAAUCAGACGUCUUCAGCUUUGGAGUUUUGCUAAUAGAGAUUGUUAGUGGAAGACGAAACUCAAGCUUUUAUGAACAUGAAAAUUCUCUGACUCUCUUAGGAUUUGCUUGGAUUCAAUGGAAGGAAGACAAUAUUUUAUCUUUGAUAGAACCAGAAAUAUAUGAUCAUAGUCAUCAUAGGAGUAUUUCGAGAUGCAUACAUAUAGGACUGUUAUGUGUACAAGAAUCAGCUGCGGACAGACCAACUAUGGCUGCAGUGAUUUCUAUGCUUAACAGUGAAAUUAUGGACAUUCCUCCUGCAAGGGAACCUGCAUUCCUACUGAGACAGAAUAUGUUGAAUACAGUUCCUUCUGAAGAAAGAAACGAAUUUUACUCCAAUAAUGCUUUGAGUAUCACAGACAUUCAUGGAAGAUAAAAAAAUAUUGAAGCUUUGUGUAAAUGAUUAUUCAUAGGCAAUUAUUGAUAUUGCUUGAACUUUGUAUAACAGAGAAGAAUUACUUGAUUCAUUGUUCUUGAAAAAACUUUUGUUAUUGAUGUUAUUAGAACUAUAUGAAUGCUUUGUUCUUUGUA